AUGUACCUGCGGCGUCGAUAUGGUGCCUGGGCAAGGAGUAUGCCCCCCCGCAACCAUUCAGUGACCCGGCCAGUGAGUCCUGCCGAAGUGAAUAUGCAACCUAAUGUCCCAUCUUUAACCACCUACACAGCCAACAACCCGCACAGCUCCUCAGGACAGCCCGAUGCAAGCACACUGAACGACACAGCAUGGCCAAAUGCCUUUGUUUCUGAUUUUGAAUCGAGGAUCUGGAUCACAUAUCGAUCAAACUUCACACCGAUCCCACGAACAAAGUCACCAGAAGCAAUAUCCUCCUUGACACUAGGAGUGCGUCUGAGAAGUCAGCUGAUGGACCCCCAGGGCUUUACAUCAGAUACCGGAUGGGGCUGCAUGAUCAGAUCUGGACAAAGCCUUUUAGCAAAUGCUUUCUCAGUUCUACUACUAGGGCGAGACUGGCGCCGGGGGGAGAAAGAGGAGGAGGAGUCAAAGCUAAUAUCGAUGUUCGCUGAUCACCCCGAGGCUCCCUUCUCUAUACAUAAAUUCGUCAAUCGCGGUGCAGAAUCAUGCGGAAAAUACCCGGGUGAAUGGUUUGGGCCGUCGGCAACUGCUAAGUGUAUUCAGUCCGUGUUGCCAAAACCCGAGCAAUAG